GUCUGUGCUGAGCUGCCAGGCCCCUAAGGAGUACUGUGACCCAGCUGAGUUCCAACCCAUUGGAGUGACCGCUUCAGAGUAGGAAAUACAACAAGCAAUGGAUCAAAACGCUGAUCAGCCAAGGCAGGAGAGACCCAGCCUUCGCCUGGAAAAGCUACAGCACUGGGCAAGACACAAGCAAAGUGGACACCUAUUGGUGCUGGCGGUGAGCCAACUAUGGCUGGCAAUAGCUGUGGUCCCCUUUACUAUCUCAGUUUCUUGCUUGACCUCUGCCUGCCACCUGGCCACAACACUGCCACUUUGGCCCGGAGCCUCAGGUCUCCUCACUGGCAUUAUCACCCUUGAACUUCGAAGAGCACCUUGCAUCUGGAAGGUGCGGGCCAUGAUGAUAUCCAACACCUUCAAUAUGAUCUUGGGCUUCGUUGCGUUGGUGAUAGAGGUGAUGAAGACAGCCUUGGGGACUGCCUCUACUGACUCCUCCCAGUUGACAGGGUUGUUGGUGCAAGAGCUCUGCGCCGAGACCUUCACCCUAGGGGGAGUGCUGGGCUCAACGUACGCCCUAUUCUUGCUGAGCCAGAGGAAGCCUGGAUACUUCAAGAACUCAAGGCUGCAGUACCAGGAGCUACAGGAGGGCCUCUCUGAGGUGGAGGAGGUUUCUGGUUUGGAGAAUGGUCCUGUGGCGGCUAACACAGGAAAUAGAACAGAUGAGUGAGUAGGCAAGGCAGGUGCCACUGUCCUCCGACGCCAAAAGGAAGCAUCUCCAGGCACUUCUGCAUCGUGCACCUCCCUUGGACUAUAACUGGACUCCCCCAGGCUGUGCAUGAAGCCCAGAGUGCUCUCAGUUUCCCCUCAAACCAGGCCCAUUUCUCUUUUCUUCCCCACUAGAGGGAGAUAUCUGGACUAGAGACCUCCCUCACCUCACGCCUUGUCAAACAGCUUCCUCCCUUGCAUUCUUCGCCGCCUUGCCUCUCCAUCCAGCUUCACAUGUGCCUCAUCUCACUGUUCACCUUUCACAAUACCAUCCACUCCAAGCCCGGGUGCUGCAGCAGCCAACCCAGAAUCGGCGUCGGUUGUGUUCCAGGUCUCCCUUGGAUCCGGGUCCUGCCUAAUUUACCAGAGACUACAAAUCCCAGAAUGCCCCGCUACCCCGUGACCUACUGCAAAAUAAAGAGCCUUCCCUCGGCGGCGGGGGCGCUGU